UAGGCCUGAGGCGAAUCAGGCGACUUGUGAGCUAAAUACAGUAACGCUGGUCGGUUCUAUCGUCUGAACGGUUUAUUUUUUCCUAAAUAAUUGUUCCUAACUUUUUUGUGUUUGUUUUCGUAAUUCUUUAAUAAAAUUAAUUUGAAUAUCGAUUUUCGUCUAGACUAACAUUGCACACUGGCAUAUGAACAUAGCUAAAAUAAAUAGCUAACAAAGCCAACGUUUGUAUGUUCUCACCGAACGUUACGUCUGAAGAAGGAUAAUUGCAACAUCAAGGCGUGCAAAUCGUUUCUGUGCGAACUGAAGUGAUAAACAGCAUGUUUAAAGGCAAAACGGCGUGGUUCUCCCUCAGUGUCGAACAGGCUGUAACGAGCUAUUGGGUUUCUGAAGGGGGAGCUCUUUCUUCUUGGAAAACAGCAGAUUACCUCUUCAGUGCUCAUGCCUCUUCUGAAGACACUAAAAGGAUAUAUGAAAGUGAGGACUACAUCAAGGACAGAGCAACGGUUUUCCACAGCAAUUUCCUGUCAGCAUGUAAAUCCUGCCAGAGUGUAAAAUCUGUGCCUAUUGGCCAGUAUGUUCUGCCACCUGACUCUGUCCAGAAUGAAAUAAGAGCGCUAAUUGGAGGGUUCAUUUGGCAAACAGAUAAACAGGUAAUGUGUGAAGAACGGAUAAAUACCGAAGUGUCUGAAGACAGUCUGCCUGAUGAGCCUGAAGAUCAACCGAUAAGAGAGAAAAACAACCAGGACGAUUACGAGACUGUUGCAUCACCGAACAAAGUGUGUUCAUGUUGUGAGAUGCGGCUGUAUCCUGUAAACAACAUGAUCUCAGGAUAUGUUCACAUUGACCAAAUGAAGAAGUAUUCAGGGGAACUUUAUGAUUUUCUUCCCUCCCUCCACGGCCAUAACGUUUCAAGAUCUAACGAUGUGACCCCUCCUCACUGUCACAAAGAAAUGUAAUAUGCUUCACAUAAGAAGUGGAUUCUCUUUGUUUUAUGCAUUUCUUUGACAAAAGUGUUGAAAGUGUUUUUGGAUUGCUCAUUUUCAAUCCCAACUCAUUUCAAAUGAAUCUGCUUCUUCAGUAUAUCAGACUUUUCCCAGCAAUAUGAAGUCCAAUCCCUGUGAACAAAGGUGAUAUGACAGGUUAUAAAGAGCAACAAUAGUAAUAUCAUUAAAUUGAUGUACUGUGACUCUGUUUAUUUUCUAUUUAUGGUUAAUUACCUUCCA